AUGUCUGCUUGCCAACCUGCCGCUGACAGCCUCAUUGACGACUCCGCGGUCCCUUCUCUCUGUCAGAAUGCUGACCCUGACUUUGACUCAUGGUUCCGCGACAUGCUGCUCGGUCCGGAGAGCAGUGAGGUACCAGCGUCGAACUUCGCCAACGCAGAGCACCACCCCCAUGCCCUGAUCGAUGUGACUGCAGACCACGAAGAUCAGAGACUCGCCCUCGGCUCGACCCGCGGCAUGGGCAGUAGCGUUGGCAGGAUGCCCAGCAGUCGGAAUGCGUUCCAAGAGGAAAGCGAAUCGUCGGCGCGGGAGACCCGCCAAAUCAGUACGACCAAGCGAAACAGCCGCACCGGAGACAGCUCAUCCGCCAGAUCAAAGCUGCGGCUCGCAGUCAAUACAACGAGAUAUCGGCAAAGGCUGGCAGACAGGCUGAAAACGGCGGAGGUGACACACCCUGAGCUGCGCAUGCGUCUGGCGAAUGCUCUUGCCUUUCAGUCGUUGUGGGGCGCAACCAUUGAUGAAAUGUCCGCUACCUUCCGGUCAACAGGCACCGUAGUCCUAUCGAGGGCUAUGCUUGGGUCUGCUUAUCUGAUCGGCCCACUCGCACCUGACAUUCUACAAUUGACCAGCUUGGGAAGAGGUGACCUGAUGUCCCACCUUACGAUCGACCCCAAUCGCUUGGAUCUGCGCGAUUACAUUCCAUCUGAAUCCUUCGAUACCGAUACGUCCUUCGGAGUGGCGAGAGGCAGACAGGUGCCUACAGACCACACCAAGCUCUUCGCAAAUUCGCCGACGCCCUUGUCUCUCGAGAAGAGGGGGAACAACAGAGACUACCGGGCGAGAAACGCAUACACUCUCGAGUGGCUCGAGGCCGACAUUCACGGCCUGCAAGGGCGUCUGAACACAGAAUUGCGAGGGGCAGAGAAGUGGAUGACGGCGAUGGGCGACGCACUAGAUCCAGUAUGGCGGGGCUCGCCUGCAACGUUCGCCACUCACAGCUCAAUGGAGUAUCAAGGUGACCCUGCCGACUCCCGAGGCGAUGAUCUUGGCAUAGGCGCGUUGGAUCUCUGCCUGUCGGCCUCUUACAACCCGGCGGAAGACGCGAUGAUGUACACGGAUCGUGGCAGCCCUUCUCCCGAGCAUGUCACGGCAGUCGGGUCUGCAAACGGGUUUGGCUUCCCUUCCCCCUCGAUUCACAACAAUUCACUACACAUCAGCCAUCCUCCACACGAAGAUGUCGACUCAGUCAGAGAGGGAACCCGCCCCGACGGAGCCCAAGUCACCGGGCCUCGCCGCCGUCGCAAGGCCCUCCAGACCACGAAUAACACAAGCACUACCGGCAAAAGUCCUCGGCGAAGAAGGGGUGGUCAUCACCUCGAGCAUGAGCCUAUAGCUGGUGACUCAGACCAAACGCUGCGAAUCAAACGACAUCGCCAAGCGCAAGAGAGGUACAGAGUGAAGCAGCGGGCCGCCUCCCUGCAUCGCGCUGGGCUGAAGCGCAGAGCCGGAGCCGAGAAUAUACGGCUGAAGAGCUUGCUGUCGGAGUAUGAGGCACGAUCCGGUUUGGGUCUCGCCUCAGAGCUAGCCGGUUCGGAGGAGACCAGCGGACUGGAGGCGGUUGAUGCAGAGUUGCCAUGGGGGCAAGGUGGAUUGACUACUACUAGUAUGGACCUCACGGCGCUACAACGUUUCGCUCGAACUGCAGAACGCCUUCGGCCGAGCGCACCAUUACCUGCAGAUGUCCGCAAGCGACAUGAAGAGGCAAGACUGGGGGAGAACAACAGAAAACAUCCAGCGAGAUAG